AUGAUUUCACAAGUACUAAAACUUCAUUUAUCAUCGUACACAAACGACAAAAACUACAGUACCAAACAACUGUUACAUUUGUGUCGAGAAUAUUAUUACGAAAAUAAAGUUGAACUUCAACGUAUCGAUGAAUUCGAAAAGUCUCUUAUGGCAUCUGAUGAUACACUUGUACAGUGGUAUACCGAAGAUACGUUCGUUCAACGAUUACUUAAAAAAGCCUUUGCUCAUAACGACUUUGAAAUAUUAAUCCCAUUUCAAGCGUAUAUCGUUGAUCUAAGAAAUUAUAUUAAAAGCAAAUUUGAAACAAGUGACGAAUAUAAGAAAGGUGAAAAUGUAACAUUUUCUUUUACCACACGACUGUCACAUGAUCAACUGAAUCAAAUAAAACAAAAUGUGAAACAAUUACUAGCACUAAAAGGAUUUUUGUUAUGUAACCGAUCCUGUCAAAAGGCAAUACCUGCAGCUUGGAAUGAUCGAAAAAACUGUGACAAAAAGUUUUCAGCUGUAUUCCUUCUCAAAGUUGAUACUCGAAUGGGUGCGACUAAAUACUGUAAUGUUAGCGAUGAUCGUGUACUGUUGGAUAUGGCAUCAGUAUUCACAAUUGAUGAUAUCACCUCACUGGGGUUAACUGAACUUGAUACUGCCUACUGUGUGCAACUCACUGCAACAAACGACGGUGAAAAGUUAGCUCGAAAAUAUCAUGAUUCUCAGAAGGAAAUAUGUGGGGACUCAUUUGAAAUUUGUCAUCUGUUGCUUAGCAGUAUGAACGCAGAAAAUGGAUCUAAAUACUUUGAACAUUUAUUGGUGACGGAUAGCGGUGGUGCAAUGGAGGAUCUUCUAGCUGCUCGCGCUUUUACCUACACUACAGCAGAUCCUAGUGUAGCAAUUUUAUUAUUUAGUGAAGCAAUCCAAAUGCAGCAACACGAUGAGCCGCCGAAAAAACGAGACUAUGUUUGCACCUCUAAAAUGCUGGGAGAUUGCUAUCUUGCUAGUGGUGAAACGUUAAAAGCAAUGGCUAUCUUCAAGGCUGCUUUGAAUUAUGCUCAAGAAAAUCAACUGGAUAACUACAUAAUGCAAGCACAACUAGUUUGCCGAAUUGGUCAAUGUUAUGAAAAAACUGGUCGGUUCAAUACUGCUUUAAUGCAAUAUGAAACUGCUUGUGUACUGGACGCCAAAGCCCCAAAAUCAGAAUAUUCGACUGGUCCGGGAUAUCUUUUGUCAAUUGCACGAAUAUUCAGUCAUCAAGAAAGAUAUGAUUUAGCAUAUAAAAUAUGCAUUGAUGCAUUGAAUACUUUCCGGAAAGUAGUGCCAGAAACUCAUCAUUAUAUCCAACAUAGUGUGAGAUUAGCUGCUGAAGCUGCAAUAAAAAAUGGCGACCUCGAAGCUUUCAGGGAAGUUACCUCAAUAUUAGAGAAGAGUAAGGAUAAUGAACCGUCAACAAUGUGCAGUAUCCAGUGA